AUGCUUGCAGUGAGAAACGCAUCGACAGUCGUGACCGAAGUGGAGCGCUCUCUGUUCGGAAGCAGCGUGCCGAAGACGCACAACUGGUUGCUCUGCAUCGAGAUGGCGGGCAACGUGUCCCUGCUGUCGCUGCUGUACAGCUCGCUGUCCUCGGCUCUCUCGCCGGAGUCGUGGCCCGUGUGGCUGGUGCAGUGUGCUUCGCUGCAGGGAGGCAUCUACUGCGCCCAGAUGCUCCUCUCGGCCGCGCUCUCCGACACCACCUACUUCCUGCUGCACGCAACUUUCUACUUCCUGCUGUUCCAAGUGACGGCCACGCUCUUCAUACUCGGGAGUGGCAUCUACCUGCUUUCUAGUCACGUGAACAAGAUGGCGGGUGCAAUGGCGAUGGUGACAGGCGGAGUCCACGCGGCGCAUCUCUGCUUCACCGUGAAUGAGCACUACUUCAAGUCCAGGGGAUACUGACAGUCUGAACGGUGGUCAAACAACGGUGCCGCCGUACUCAAUACUCGUCAUUAUAUACGUAACAUAUAAGAGCACGCGCUCGUGCGCGGCACCUCGUUAUGCUAACUCAUUGCGCAUGCUUCGCGCUCGUUAGAUUAAAUAAACAAUGAACGUAAUGUCUGCUGGUGAAAAGGCUGCGCGUUGUGCAUACAGCAUUCAGAAGUGGACGCACGCAGCUGUUGUAUCUCGGCGACACUGAGGUAUUCGGCAAACGGUAAGCAUUUACACGUUCAUUCUUACGUCUUUCUGGCCACGUAUUUUCUUCUAGUGCCGACUGAUUAGUUUGGUUAGCCAACAGUAUUUUUCCUUGAUGUCUUUCAAGGGCAUUCGAGAUGUUGGCUAUUGUCAAUCAUUCAAUGUCGUGUCUUUUCCAGCUGGAAAUGAUAUUGGACGAUAAUGUACGGCAGGUGUCUCAAGCUCACCUCAGUUAGCGGGUCCGCCGUCACGAAAUUUAGUCCAACAAGGUCCGAGACAGUGAAGGUGUUGCUUGCGGUUGAGGGGAAGACAUAUCUUAAUAGUCAUAUUUGUAUAAGUAACAGCACUGCGCUGUUAUUUUUCCUGAUAUAUAUAUUUCCGCUGUAAAUUCAUGCUAUAUUGUGUUUAUCAUUAAGUAUUAUUGCAUAGUAAGAAACGUUGUAUUGCCUCUUUGUACUUACAGUCUUGUUUUAAUUGUUUUACCACUCCCCUCUGUAACGCCUGUUGACCAUGAGGCUCUCGUAAAGGAAUAAAAAUAGAUA